CGACUCUCUCUCUCUCUCCCUUUCUCUCUCUCUCUUUCUCGCUCCCUCUCUCAGCACACGCACACGGGGCGUGUGACCAUUCGGAGUCUCUCUCACACACUCACUCCUUCCCUUCAGUGCGGCCGUGUGUGUUUGUGUGUGUGUGCGUGUGCAUGCUUGCCUGUGUGGACCCUACCGGUAGUUACUUAUCAACCAGAAGACGGCAGUCAUCAAAUCCUCCUCAUACCGUUGAAGCAGGCCCACACCAGAUGAGGGAAGAUGUUGGCUAUGGACCAAGGCGUGGUGGAGGAAUGGCUGUCUGAAUUUAAGACCCUUCCUGAGACGGCCGUGUCCGGCUAUGCGGCCUCCCUCAAGGAGAAAGCCACGCUGGUGCCAGCACUCUACAAAGUCAUCCGCGAGAACUACAGCGACUUGUUGGAGCCGGUGUGUCAUCAGUUGUUUGAGUUCUACCGGAGCGGGGAGCCGCGGCUACAGCGCUUCACUCUGCAGUUCCUGCCCGAGCUGCUCUGGAGCUUCCUGUCAGUGGGGGCCGGCAGAGACCUGCACUGCUCCGGCUGCAUCGAGGCACUGCUGCUCGGCAUAUACAACCUGGAAAUAGUCGAUAAGGAUGGACAGAGCAAAGUGUUAACCUUCACAGUCCCCUCCCUCUCCAAACCCUCAGUGUACCACGAGCCCUCUACGAUUGGCUCUUUGGCCUUAACGGAAGGUGCAUUAGCCAAUCAUGGACUGAGUAGAGUUGUUUACAGCGGACCCUAUCUCCAGCGAGAAACGUUUACGGCACAGAACAGGUUCGAGGUGCUGACGUUCCUGUUACUUUGCUACAAUGCUGCUCUCAGCUACAUGUCUACAACUUCCCUGCAGUCCCUAUGUCAGCUCAGCUCUCGGGUCUGCAUCUGUGGGUAUCCACGGCAACAGCUGCGACGGUACAAAGGCAUCAACACGCGGAUGAUGGUGACCUCCGAGUUCCUGGUGCAGCUCAUCACCGGCAUCCAUUUUGCCCUGUACAAUGGGGAGUCCGACCAGGGCUCCAAAGCACUUGACGACGUCCUGUACAGAGCUCAGCUAGAGCUGUAUCCUGAAGCAUUGCUGGUGGGCAAUGCCAUCAAGUCGUCGAUCCAGGGGGCGGCGCUCAAGUCCAACAAGGAGGGCACGGUGCGCAGCAUCCAGGUGGAGAUCACGCCCACCGCCCCGCGCAUCUCGCGCAACGCUGUCACCAGCCUCUCCAUACGCGGACACCGCUGGAAGAGACACGAUGCCGUGGAUCUGGGCUCCCCUGAUGAUCUGAUGGAGAUUGCGGAGGAGGACGAGGGUUUUAUCCCGCGGGCAGCAACCGAAGCAGGAGGAGGCGGCGGCAGCCCCCCCACAGUGGUCAUCAGCACCACCGGUGGUGCCACCAGCCCCGCACCAACCUCGGGCAAGCCAGCGGGCAAGACCCAGCGCCGACUGCUGGGCGGCAGAUCCAAGGAGAAAGACAAGGAGAAGGAGAAGGAGAAAGAGAAAGAAAAGGAGAGAGAGAGGGAGAGAGAGAGGGAAGGGUUGAGUGCCCCCGAUCCGCGCAAGCUGGGGGUGGGCGCAGCGGGACGCGCCAUGAGCGAGAACGCCGCCGGGGAGCAGCAGCAGCUGUCGCUCAAGCGGCUGACGCUGACUUCCAGCCAAUCGGUGCCCAAGUCCACCUCCAUCUCCACGUCCCUCAACUUGUCGCGCACCGCCAGCUCCGUCUUCUCCCGCUCCUUUGAGCAGGUCAGCAAUGCUCUGGCCAUCGCUACGGGCAACCAGCCACAUCAUCAUCAUCACCAUCACCGUGCCCCGAGCCCCACCCCAAACGCCGCUAGCCACUCCCCCAACGCCAACCGCUACUCUGCCUGCAGCCUGCAGGAGGAGGGACUUGGCUACCUUGUGGGCGUUCCCGAGCAUGUGAGCCCCGCCCCUCACCACAAGCAGCCGUCCCCCAGCAUCAGCAUUAACGUGCACCUGGCCCCUGACCUGUGAAACUUCACCUUUUGAACUUUGACCUCUGGUGACCAGAGAGCCCAGCUCAUGCCCCCUUUUCUGGAUCCAUGGGAUCUAAGCACAAGGGCUGCGUUUUUCUCGAAGUAAGUCGCUAGAGUAAUUAGCAUAGCAUAACAUGUUAUGUUACGCUAAUUACGCUAGCAACUUACUCGGUUGCAAGGCAAUUUUCCAUUGGCAGCCUACUGUGUUGCUAACUAGUUAGCAGCGACGCUUUCAAGAAACGAGAUCCUGAAAAAAAUCCUAAAAAAUACAUGAAAUGGAUGCCAUGAAAUGGAUAGAGUCUUUUUCUGUUGAUGUGUGACCCAGUAUUAUUUUAAAAUCAGUGCUUAGAUCCCAUGUGGCUGGACUGGUACGGCCAUGACUUACGCUCUCUGUUGUUGAGGUCUGGUGUCUUUGCCCUGUUACCCGCCCUCUGCACUGGCCAUCGUUUUAGUGAUUACUCUAUCUCUUCUGUUGCUCAGCUUUCACAGACAGACAGAUAGACAGGCAACUGUCAAGAUGAUGUCCUUUUUUCUCCCCAGCACUCCUCCUUCUCAGCACUGCCUCCCGCACUCCACCCCACCCUGACUUUGAAGUCUGCACUUACUACCCCACCACACACACACACACACACAUUUUUUUCAUGUUUCGGUGAAGAUGACGUGGGCAGACAGAGGGGGAACGUCUCCCAUUUAAGUUUCCUCAAUGGCACCUUAAAGAAAGUUUUUAAUGUUCGAUUAUUUUGUCGAUGGGGUGUGAAUCACUAAAUAGAAUACAAAGUAUUUUUCGAAUUGAUCAUUUUCUAAAGUUACCCCCCAUACCCCCCAGUCUUUGUAACUAUUUUUUUGUUUUGUUGUGGUACAGGACUGCGAUCCAUGAUCUCUCAAUAUUGUUCCCCAUGGACUGGCAUUGUGGACUGUAUGCGCCAGCCUGUUUAAGGUGUAAUUUUUAAAGUGUCAUGUUGUCUUUAUGUAUGUUUGUAUGUAUGGAUGUAUGUGUUUGUGCGUUUGAAUCUUGCGUCUGGGUGUUUGUUUGAAAGUGUUUGUUGCCAUGGGAUAAUGUGUUGACUUGCUGCCGGUUUGUGUGACGUUUGUGAUUACGGUGACUUGCGUGUUAACUAUGACAAGGUAGCCAGCCUUCCUUUUUCUUGACCUAAGACUCAUGAAGGGGGAGGUUUGUUACUUUCUCUGUGUCGACAUCUGAAGCCACUUUUUUAGCCAUCUUUGUGGACUAUGUCUAUUGCCCUCGUGGGAUGGCUUUGCUGAACAAAAAUGACAAAAAAGACAUCUGGGUUUUUUUUGUCCCAUUCUUGAACAAACGCUUCAAGAAAAGCACAGUAGCGAUACAUGAUUGCACAGCGCAACCUUUUUUGUGAGGCAGUGGGAAAUGGGUCAAUCAGAUUUUUUUUACCCAUGUUGCACUAGGCUUACACUUAAGCUAGCACUAUGCGUACUGUACGUAUAUGUGCAUUCCCCAAUCCCAAAAUGCUCAACACGGAUGUGUGGUUGAUUUAUACGUUUUACCACUAUUGGCCCCGCCGGACGAGAGAGAAUUGAUUCGCAAGAAAUUCUACAAAUGUGUAAAACAAAGAUAAAAAAUGUAUGGUUCGUUUUGUUUAUAACGAACUGUAUUCCCACGAUGCUGAAAAGAGCAAUAUCACUGUAAUUGAUUUGUCUAAGCUGUGCGGAAAUCAGGAUAAGACAUGAUGAUGUGUUGAUUUGGUUUUUAUUGUUCUUUUUUUGUUUGUUUUUUUAAUAGCAAAUAAUGUACGAACUGUGGUAUCAGGGUUGGGGGGGUGAAGAGGAAAACCUCCACUACAGUAUUAAUAUUGAAAAUCGAAGCACAUGUUUUUUACAGAAUAACUUCAAACCAGCACGGCAAAGGGUUGUGAUAGGAGAAGAGCUGGCCAAGUUGCUCACUCCCUGAAAAGCGCUCUCUUCUGUUCUUUUCUCCAAACUUUAUUGGCACACCCCAUCUUGAAGUGAUUGUGCUCGUAUCAUGUUACUGUCUUCAAAUGAAUGGGUCGUGUGUGUGUUUGUGUGAUUGUUCUAUUAUUUAAUGACUAAAUUGGACAAGAGCACUGUGGUACUGUAUGAUUUUCUUGAAAUGGGAAAUAAAUUGCUUAAUUUGUUUUUUU